AUGCAGAUCGAAAACGGCGCCAUCGCGGCGGCCCGGGACGAGGCGGUGGCCGGCAUGAACCGCCUCUUCGCCAAGGUCGACCGCGACGUCUGCGCCGCGCUGGUGCCCGUGCAGGCCCGUGCGAAGGAGCUCGACGCGCAAAUCAUCGAGGCUCAAGAGCAGCUCGAGCACGUUCAGCGUGAGCGAGAGCGCUACCUGGAGCGCUUCAAGAGCCUCACGCUCUGCUUCAAUGGAACCCGCCACAUGUCCUCUCUCGGAUCGGCGCACGACGUCGAAGAGGGGCUGGGCGCGCCGGAGCAGCCUCCCGAGGUGGACGGCCGCGCGACAUCCACAGAGGCGUCGGAGAUGGCCGGCGACAUUGGAACGCUCGACGAUCGCAGCCCGGCAAAGCAGGGCACGCCCCGCAUCGGCGAUUCCCCGCUCCCCAUCCGCCGGGCCGAGCCUGAGGCGCCGGCUGCAGUCGAACCGUGCACGCCAGCCAGCAAGGACCCGCCUGCGUCCGAGCGCUCGAACCCGCCGACGCUCAUCCCCAGUGCUGCCCGCUCGCCGCCAGAUGGCCUCGCCUCCACCCCGGCGGCGGGGACGAAGCGUCCUCUGGAGCCAUCAACGGAGCUUUCUGCAAAGCAAGGCGUUGGUCGCUCGAUCUUCGCCACCCCCUCUCCCGCCGCUUGCGGCGGAUCGGAGCCGUUCGAGAUCGUUGGGCCCGCCCGCUCGGUCCCUCCGGUGGUUUGA